AAGGCGUGAAAACGUGAAGCACAAAAAAAGUGUUUGAGGAAAAAGAGAGAGAUUCCGUCACUAGCCCGCCUCUGAGUUCUGACUGUGACUGGGAUGGCAGUCCAUGCUUCUUCUUCUUCUUUUGAAACGAAAUGGCAGGCCAUGCUGCAAGCUAAACCAAGACCAAACCCUUAUCACUCAUUCAUACUACUCUUGACCGUCUCAGGUUUUAUAUAAAGCUCGCCAGAGCCUGCGGAUUCGGAGCACAAGAUCCAAGGAGCAGGGCAUCUAGAGAAGUACAGAAGUGAUCUCUUCCUGGAUUCUCUUAUACCUGAUCUGCCAUGGACAGCAACGGCGGCACGGCCACCGCUGCCGACAAGACGGUGCCACAGCCGCCACCGUCGACGGGGAAACUCAUCACCGUUCUGAGCAUCGACGGCGGCGGGAUCCGCGGCCUCAUCCCGGCGACCAUCAUCGCCUUCCUUGAGGCCAAGCUGCAGGAGCUGGACGGCCUGGACGCUCGGAUCGCGGACUACUUCGACGUGAUCGCCGGGACGAGCACCGGCGCCCUGCUCACGUCGAUGCUGGCGGCGCCGGACAAGAACAACCGGCCACUCUUCACCGCCAAGGAUCUCAACACCUUCUACCUCAAGAACGGCCCCAACAUCUUCCCGGAGAAGAAGGCCGGGUUCCUGACGCCGGCGGCGAAGCUCCUUGGCGCGGUGAGGGGCCCCAAGUACGACGGCGUGUUCCUGCACGACAAGAUCAAGAGCCUCACCCACGACGUGAGGGUCGCGGACACGGUCACCAACGUCAUCGUGCCGGCGUUCGACGUCAAGUACCUGCAGCCGGUCAUCUUCAGCACCUACGAGGCCAAGCACGACCCCCUCAAGAACGCUCACCUCGCCGACAUCUGCAUCAGCACGUCAGCGGCGCCGACCUACUUCCCGGCGCACUUCUUCACCACCAGCGACGGCAAAGGUGGCUCCCGGGAGUACCACCUCGUCAACGGCGGCGUCGCGGCCAACAACCCCACCAUGGCCGCCAUGUCCAUGCUCACCAAGGAGGUGCUCCGUCACAACCCGGACUUCAACCCCGGGAAGCCCUCCGAUUACAGGCACUACCUCAUCAUCUCCAUCGGCACCGGGUCGGCGAAGCAGGAGGAGAAGUACACCGCGCCGCAGUGCGCUAAGUGGGGUCUCCUCCAGUGGCUCUACAAUGGCGGAUUCACCCCGAUCAUCGACAUCUUCUCCCAUGCGAGCUCCGACAUGGUCGACAUUCACGCCGCCGUGCUCUUUGAGGCCCUUCACUGUGAGAAGAACUACCUUCGCAUCCAGGAUGACUCGUUGACGGGGGACACGUCAUCAGUUGACAUCACAACCAAGGAGAACAUGGAGGCUCUGAUCAGGAUCGGCCAUGAGCUGCUCAAGAAGCCUGUGUCAAGAGUGAACAUCGACACGGGGAUGUACGAGCCUGUUAACGGUGAAGGAACGAAUGAAGAGGCGCUAGCACGCUUCGCCAAGAUACUCUCCGACGAACGCAGGCUACGGCAGAGCAAACUCAGCUCCAACUAGCUCUUGUUCAUAGCUACCUUGGUGCUUGCCAACAAGUUCAGCACAUGGAGCUGGAGUUGCAAAGUGGAUGAGAAUGGGAUGGGCGGUAGGUGAAGUGCUGAUCAUAAGUUCUUUUUAGUAAUUAAUCAAGAAACGUACAUGAAAGCAAUAAACUUGUAAGCAUAGGGUGAUGUAA